GGAUUCUCGGCCGAAGCUCUGGCCGACCGUAUAAUAGACGCCAAUUGUGUAGUAUUAGUGACUUCUGACGGCGCCUUUCGGGCCAACAAAUUCAUACCAUUGAAAUCAAUCGCCGACUCAGCACUUGAUAUAUGCACACAAAUGAUUAACAUAAUUGAUGUCAACAACAAUAAUAAUACAGAUUAUAAUUCAGUGAUUAAUUGGGACCCAAAUGUGGACAUCCUAUGGACUGAUGUCAUGACUAAUGUUUGCGAUUAUUGCGAACCCGAAUGGAUGGAGGCUGAAGACCCACUCUUCGUACUUUAUACCAGUGGAAGUACGGGAAAGCCUAAAGGGAUUGUCCACACAAUCGGCGGUUAUCUCCUCUACUCUUACCUAACAUUCAAAACAGUAUUCAAUUACACCGACGGAGACGUGUUUUUCUCGACCGCAGACUUGGGAUGGAUUACUGGCCACACGUUCAGCGUUUACGGAGCGCUGGCCAACGGGUGUUCAAUAGUGUUGUUUGAAGGCAUACCCACUCACCCAAACCCGGGCCAUCUCUGGCACAUAAUAGACAAAUGGAGAGUCAAUAUCUUCAACACUGCGCCCACUCUUAUCCGAUCACUCAUGAAGUUUGGCGACCAAUACGUCAAACAACACAACAGAAACACAUUGAAAGUGUUGGGAACGGCCGGCGAACCCAUCAAUCCCGAGGCCUGGCUCUGGUUCUGGGAUGUGGUCGGCGAUCGUCGGUGUCCUGUCGUCGACAACUACUGGCAAACAGAGACUAGCGGACCAAUGAUCACAUCCAUACCGGGGGCCACACCUAUGAAGCCCGGAUCGGCUACCCUUCCUUUUUUCGGUGUUAUACCGGCGAUACUGGACUCCGAGGGCAGAGAACUGGAGGGCCCGGCUGUGGGACAGUUGGUGUUUAAGAAGCCGUGGCCGGGUAUCGCCCGUACCAUUGAUGGCAAACACGAUAGGUAU